CAGCUCAGUCAGUGCGUCCGGGUCAGCUGCUACGGCUGCUGUUACCUCUGUGGUCCGGGAAGUGGCCUGGGGUUUCUGCCGCCGACCGAGGGGGAGCAGUCUCCGCUCGGUGCCACCUUCUGCGACCUGGCCGUCAGCCCCACGUCGCCGGCCUGGAGGGGCGAAGAGGACGAGGGGGCCCCGGCUGCCUCCGGGAAUAUUGGCUCUCUGAAUUAUCAGGAGUUGGAAGUUGACAUUGAAUCUAGGUUGAGGAUGGAAGGUGUAGAAUUGAAAGAAGAAUGGCAAGAUGAAGAUUUUCCAAUCCCUUUACCAGAAGAUGAUAGUAUUGAAGCAGAUAUACUAGGUGUAACUGGACCAGAGAGCCAGCCUGGCUCCCCAGAAGUUAAUGGAAAUAAAGUGAGAAAGAAACUAACUGCUCCAGACAUUAGCCUAACACUGGAUCCUAGUGAUGGUUCUGUGUUGUCAGAUGACUUGGAUGAAAGUGGGGAGAUUGACUUAGAUGGUUUAGACACCCCAUCUGAAAACAGUAAUGAGUUUGAGUGGGAAGAUGACCUUCCAAAACCCAAAACUACUGAAGUAAUUAGGAAAGAUUCAAUUACUGAAUACACAGCAGCAGAGGAAAAAGAAGAUGGACGACGCUGGCGUAUGUUCAGGAUUGGAGAACAGGAUCACAGGGUUGAUAUGAAGGCAAUUGAACCCUAUAAAAAAGUUAUCAGCCAUGGAGGAUAUUAUGGAGAUGGGUUAAAUGCCAUUGUUGUGUUUGCUGUCUGUUUUAUGCCUGAAAGUGGCCAGCCUAACUAUAGAUACCUGAUGGAUAAUCUCUUUAAAUAUGUUAUUGGCACUUUGGAGCUGUUAGUAGCAGAAAACUACAUGAUAGUCUAUUUAAAUGGUGCAACAACUCGAAGAAAAAUGCCCAGUCUGGGAUGGCUCAGGAAAUGCUAUCAACAAAUUGAUAGACGGUUACGGAAAAACCUAAAAUCCCUAAUUAUUGUACAUCCCUCCUGGUUUAUCAGGACACUUCUGGCUGUUACAAGACCAUUUAUUAGCUCAAAAUUCAGCCAAAAAAUUAGAUAUGUCUUUAAUUUGGCAGAACUAGCGGAGCUUGUUCCCAUGGAAUAUGUUGGCAUACCAGAAUGCAUAAAACAGUAUGAAGAAGAAAAGUUUAAAAAGAAACAAAAAAGAGUUGAUCAAGAACUUAAUGGAAAACAAGAUGAACCGAAGAGUGAACAGUAAGUUUGGCAUCUAGUCCAGACAGAAGGGAAGAAUGUGCUGAUGAAGCAGUGCUCUUUUUGCUUUUAUUUUUAUGUAAUCUGUUACAAAAUUGACUUGACUUUUUCUUAAUGGACUUUUUGUACAAGGAACUGUUCACUGCUGUACUGGUUUGCAAAUGUCUUGAAUUUUACUCUUUAAUAAUCAUUUUAUACUUUAUAUUGCUAAAUAGCAGAGAACUACACUUUAUAUAAAGCAAUUUUUGCAUUUGUUUAUUGAAUGAUGGAUACAUCUUCAGUAAAAUAUUUAUAUGCAUAAAUGGCAAAGGAAAGAAAUAAUAUAUAUUUUUAUGUCUUGAGCAAUAUUUUUAAUGUAUACUUACCUUGUAGAAGAAUGUGCAGGCAAAUGUGUUAGAAUUUUUGUUUUUGUAAAUGGUUGAAUACAUUUCCUGAGUGACUUAGAAAAUUAAGUUGCUCUGAGGGAUAAACAGAUUCUCAUGAAUACCCAAAGAUCAUGUACAUAGUAUAAGUAGAUUAAUACCAUCCCAAGUGUUUUUUUCACUUUAGCAUAUAUUGUUCCUUAAUUCAGAAGUGCAAAUAUAAAUGCAUUGCACGCUUUCUCCUUUUUUAAAGACAAGUCAAAAAGCCAUUUUUAGAACUAGAAAUUUUAAAGAGGCUUAGGAAUUAGGAAUUAUAUAUAUGUAUAUAUGGCAUAUUUUAUCUUCUGGCCCAAAGUCAGAACUGUUUUAAAAAAAUCUUUGAUAUGUUCACUAAUGUGAAAUGAGUUUGUGUGUCCAGGGUUUCAUGCCCAUGAAUGUGUGAGUGCUAUGUGGCAUUGCAGAGAAUAUGGUGAGUGUUCACUGUCACAACUUUCCUGUAGAAAGUGGGCUGGCUUUUGAAACUGCUCUCACUGUGGGCACUUUUACCAAAAUACUUCUAUGUCACUUAUUUGAACUCAGUACUCUGACCUAGUCACAUAAGGUAUGUUUCAAUUUUCUGUGGAAUUCUGUUUGACAAUACUAUAAGUUAGAUUAAGUUUGCAAGUCAUAGAGCACCAUUGCAUUGUGCUGUUUGGGACAUUUAAUAGAAACAUGAAAAAUUUGUUCUACAUUGAAAUAAAUUUUAUUUGUGACUGCAAACAAAGCUUAGUUACAUAUAAUAAUUCUAUUACAACAAACUGGCAAACUAUGUCAUAUACUAAGUGUUACAGGUAUAUUUAGUAAGCUUAAUAUCCUCUGUAUUUGAAGGUCACACUGUCUAGCCCUUCAUGUAAAGCUUUUUUUUAAGAGCUUUAGUUAGUAAAAUUGAAGCAGAUGUAAACUAAGCUUGUCAGAUUCUCUCCUGCAAGAACACAGGUGUCUUUUACUAUGUUUUGUUUUUGUUCUUUAGUAUAAAGUUUCUGUUACAAAAAGGAAUUUCUUUUUUUCUUUUUGAGAGAUACUAGAGGAUUAUGGGGAUUCCCUAGUAGCCCCUUGACCUUGAUCCAACAUGUCCAUCCUGUACUAAGUCACUACCGUAAAUUAAGCCAAAGCCUGGUUACUUGUUGAAACCUUAGAAAUACUUUGUGCUGAAAAACUAACUUAAUAGUAACUACCUAGGCAUUCCUUUUCAAUUUUUACUACAUGAGGAUUAUGAAUAAAGAUCAUGUCUGGUUUCAUUGUAAUUUGCAUACUGUAUCUGGAAGACAUUUCAAGCUGUAGCUCAUCUGUAUGACUUUAUCAUCUCAAAAUGGACUGAGCUUUUGGGUAGGUGAUUUUCCACCACAAUAAGUACUUGGCUCUUCAAUUUCAAAAACAGAAGAAUAACUUCAACUCUUUAUUGUGUUUAUUGACUUUUGCUUUUGCAUUCAGUGUUCCUAACUUACAGAAACAACUUUCAAAGGUGAUAUUUUUCUAACAUUUCAAAUAUUAGAAGUAAGCCAUGUUCUGUCAGAGUAUUAAAAUCCAAAGUGAACAGCUAGACAUGGUGGUCCAAACCUAUAACCCCAGCUCUCAGAAAGCUGAAUCAGGAGUUGGUAAAUUCAAAGCCAGCCUGGGUUACAGUGCAGGAUUUCUGUCUCAAAAGGAAAGAAAAGCCUCCAAAGGGAACACUGGUAACACUUGAAUUAUAAUGAUGGAGACAUGUUGUGAAUCACAGCCUUGAAAGGAGAACUGCUUUAACUUCUCCCUUAAUGGAAUGUGCCCACAAUAAAUAUUUCACGUCUAUAAAAUAUUUAGAAGUAUUUAAGUUUAUUUGUACUUUGUAACAUUUCCCUGUAUUAUCUGAUGUUACUUACCAUUACUGACUGAAAUGAAAGCACUUGUAAUUGUAGGUUUUUGUGUCUUUUUCCUGGGAUCAUGGAUUGAAUUUCAUUGGUUUAGAUUGCAAAUGUUUUUCACCAUCUUUGUUACAUUUGUUAUCUGUGUUUCCCCUUUUUAGUCAAGUCUUAAUCAAGAAAUUCUUUGUUCUACUUAUUCAUAUUCCUAAGCAGCACU